CUCCCCUCACUCUACCGCGGGGUGCUCACCCAAGUAGGUUUGGAGCUACCAAAGAAACGGUUGAACGUGUACCUUGGGAGAAAUAUGUCUGCUGACACAGCGGUGCACCCAUACCGUUUGGAACCAGAGUCAGACCCUGAAUAAGAAGAGGCUCCGAACAAGUUUGAGAAUUUAGGCUUCAACAGGACGUUUCUAAAUGGUUCACAUGGCUUCAGCAAUUGCCAUUCUGUUGGUGGUGAUUUCCUUUAUAACAGUCUCAUUGUCUGCUGAUUCAGAUUUUCACACUCUGGAAUGUCAGAGCAGUACUGGGCACUCUGGUCAGCCCUCCAAGCUGGACUGUGUAGUGAAAACAAAGUAUAACCGCACAAUAUUAAAGGUGUACUGGAAGAAAGAUGUCCAACAUGUGCUGACAUUUGAUGGAGGUAUAAACCCAGAGAAUGGACGAUUUCAGUUUGCAGACACCAACUGGAGGACAAGCAAGAAUAUAUCCUUGCUUGUGAAGGAUACAAAAGUCUCAGAUGAAGGCAACUAUUCAUGCACGGUGGUGACUACCUUAGGGCCUAAAAAAGGAUAUGCCAGAUUCAAUGUCAAAGCUAAGUACAGUCAGCCAGAGAUUACCUCCAAGGACAUCACAGAAGACAGGGUGGACUUGACCUGCGUUUCAUCUGGAGGCUACCCCAGUGGUGCUAUCCACUGGUUUGACCGGCUUGGUACAAACUGGACCCGCAGUACAGAAACCACGAAGACCCAGGAGGAAGACAAGAGCUUCCAACUGCAAAGCACAUUCCUGUCAGCGGACCCCUCACACGCACCUUACACAUGUGUUGUCUUUAACAGUGAAUGGAAGGCUGAGGGCGAGGAAACGAUCCUGGGCACCCAUCUGAACAAACAGACCCCAAUCAAAGCUGACACGACGAGCAUAGUGGCUGGUGCUGUGGUCAUUGGAUCUCUUAUUGUUGGCCUGUUAGUCGCAUUGCUGAUCUCUAGAAGACGCUCUCAACGUGCCCUUCGAAGGCCCUCCGCCCAGCCCAUGCUGAGCCCUGAACAGGAACGCAUCGACUAUGACUAUGCUUCGCCUGACCCAGAAGAUGCCAGAGUGCUCAACCCUCCACCACCCUAUCAAGAGGUAGACCAGAAUCCAGUUGUACUCGACUCGCCACAAGAUUCUUCUGCAGAUAAGAAACUAAAUGCCAGCUUUGGUGUGGCUCAUGGAUAAAGCAGCCAAACACCUUGUUGUACUUGUAUAGGCACCUUACUAACCAAAUACUGUCAACACACUGAGGAAGCAUAACCUUGGACAUGGGAUCUUUAUGUAAGUGUCCAGUGUUGUAUAAACGAGACUGUUGCAUUGAAAUGCGAUUGGAUCACUACCACCAGGGGCGACUUGAUUACUUUCCUUGAGUAGCCCUAAUAAUGGUCCAAAUACACAAGCUAAGCAAAACACUCUGUGUGGGCGUCCCGUGGCAUGUGGAAUUUAACAGACUGAACUAGCAAGCUAGUUAGCCACCUAUCCACCUAGCCAUAUCAUAACUGUCAUUCCGUUAAAGGAGUCCUUGUAUGCCCAUUUUACCACAACCUGUUCCUUUAAAUGCUAAUGACCCAGCUACCCCCCCCCCCCCCCUCUACCGCGGGGUGCUCACCCAUGUAGGUUUGGAGCUAUCAAAGAAACGGUUGAACGUGUACCUUGGGAGAAAUAUGUCUGCUGACACAGCGGUGCACCCAUACCGUUUGGAACCAGAGUCAGACCCUGAAUAAGAAGAGGCUCUCGAACAACUUUGAGAAUUUAGGCUUCAACAGAACGUUUGUCACUUCGAGAAUUAUUUUUAUAUGAUUGUCUAUUAACUAAGGUCAUACGGUCUUGCUGGCUGUGUUGAGGACAACCUGCAAGUGACUCGAGUAUGUAAAUACAAUGUGUUCAUACAUUAGGUUACAAGACCAUGCAGCUUCAGAAUCAACCAGCAUGCAAAGAUGACUAAGGAAGAAAAUACAAUAAAUGACUGUUCCCUCUGUCUUACUUUGUUUACUGCUCAUCUUGCAUGUGUCAAUUGUUAACAUGUCACAUACCAAAUACUGAAAGCACACAAAACUUUAUAUAGACUUCUUUUAUUGUCAGAAAAAUUGUCAAUUCGAAUGCCACAGAGCUUGUUUUAACAUAGUUAUUCAAUGUACCGAAUCAUGUUAUCAUGCGGGCACAAACAAUGUCAGAAUCUGAGUACUGCUGCCCUCCUGCCUGGUGCUGCAGGUACGGGAGAGUUCCCUGACGCCCAAGGAAGGUACGUGGGGUUCAGACCUGCCCUUCAUUGAACCAUGACACAAAGCUGGCAAUCACUUCCAGCUUGUCUGGUUUGUCAAAAUGGGUGGAGAGAUUUUUGGGGGUGGGGAUCUUCAGCACCUCAUCCACAUAUGGGGCCGGGUCUUGAAAAAACAUUUCAAAGGAAAAAAGAUUGUAUUGUUUUUUUAAAUAAUCCAAUCCAGUUUUUAAAUAAUCAAAUUAUAUGUUAUUUAUUGUUUUACUUUAUGGAAUUUUCAAUAAAAAGCGUGUGACACUCA